AUGCCGGGCUCGGCACUGAAGACCAUACCCCUGACCUGGCCAUUCGCCGUCUGGGGCAUGGAUAUGGUGGGAAAAUUCAAAACGGCGCCCGGCGGAUAUACACACCUCCUCGUCGCCGUGGACAAAUUCACCAAAUGGGUAGAAGCAAAGCCCAUCAAAAAAUGCGACGGAAAAACGGCGACCAAGUUUCUUCGCGAGUUGAUCUACCGUUACGGCUACCCCCACAGCAUCAUCACGGACAAUGGCACCAACUUCGCCAAAGGGGAAAUGGCCGACUUCUGCAAAGAAAAGGGCAUCCGACUCGACCUUGCGGCAGUCGCACACCCCGAGUCGAACGGACAAGCAGAGAGGGCAAACCAGAGCAUCCUCCACGGGAUAAAACCACGGUUGAUGGUACCCCUGGAGCGCGCGGCCGGAUGCUGGGCCGAAGAACUACCUUCGGUACUCUGGGGCAUUCGCACAACACCAAAUAGGUCGACUGGCUACACGCCCUUCUUCCUGGUGUAUGGCGCUGAAGCCGUCAUGCCAACAGACAUCGCCUACGAUUCACCACGAGUCGCCAACUACGCCGAAGAAGAAAACGAGCAAUCUCGGCAAGACAACGUCGACCUCCUCGACGAGGCACGAGACCUCGCACUCUCAAGAACGGCCAUUUACUAG